AUGUCGGCCUUUCCUAUGCAUCAGCUCGCCCGUGCGAGUGUUCCAGCAUUCACUUGUCCGCCAGGCACCAAAAUGCAUAUUUUGAAUCUAGGAACCAUGAAUGUUGACGAAGGAUGGCUCCUCAUAGGCGCAAACGGGAGUUCUUCAUCUAACCCGAAUCCUACGAACAAGAGAAGGGAUUUAAUGCUUAUUGCUGGUUUGAUUGAUCAUCCGGAAAUGGGUCUGGUUCUCUUUGAGACUGGUGGUGCUGAAGAUGUAUACAAGCAAUGGGGUCCAGAUGCCCUGGAUCUUUUCCCUGUAACCCGACACUCCGCACAUAAUCAUCUCCCAGAAGCCAUCAAGAGCGUAGGCUAUGAUAUAAAGGACGUCAAAGCAGUCAUCAUGGGCCAUUUGCAUAUGGAUCAUGCUGGAGGCUUGGAGCAUUUCCGCAGCACUGGCGUGCCAAUUUAUGUUCAUGAAGAUGAAUUCAAGCAUGCCUGCUGGGCAGCUGCUACCAAUGCCGAUAGUGGUGUAUAUCUUGCGGAUUACUUAAAUCUCGAUACAUUGAACUGGCAGACAUUCACUGACAAGCAACUCGACCUGUGUACUGGAAUUACGCUUUAUCAUUGCCCCGGCCAUACACCAGGCUUGUGUAUUAUGCAGGUAAACCUUCAGGAAGAUGGCACCUUUAUCUGGACUACAGAUCAGUAUCACAUCAAAGAGCAGUACGAGUUAAACCAGGCCCAUGGUUGGCUUUUGAGAGAUCACCGUGCAUGGAUUGAGAGUGGAAAGUUUGUCAAACGUCUGCAAAAGCUGUUCUCAGCAAGAUUGAUAUUUGGCCAUGAUGUUCAAACGGCGGAAAGUUUGAUGAAGGAGAAGAGCGUGUUCAAGUAG